AUGCCUGGCUCACCGUCCUCCUUUGUUGUCGGGGUUGGCAUGACGCCGUUCCUCUCCCCCAAAAAGUCUGCAAGUCUCGCGGCCAACCCACAGUCAGAUUAUCUUGAUCUCGCUGUCGAAGCUGGAGUCAAAGCUCUGCUAGACGCUGGCCUCACUUUUGACAAAGUAGACCAGGGCAUAGGAUGCUAUGUAUUUGGAGACUCAACAUGUGCCCAGCGCGUCUUCUACAGCUUGGGAAUGACGAGCAUCCCCAUCCUCAAUGUUCACAACUAUUGCAGCUCGGGGAGCACUGGUCUUUGGCUGGCAAAUCAAGCCAUUCGCUCCGGUGAUGCAGACUGCGUCAUGGUUGUUGGCUUCGACAAGAUGUAUCCGGGAGUGCUUCCUCAGACACACAAGGAUCGCACAAAUCCCCUGUCGCGUGUUCUUGAUCUCUCCAAGGCGCAGAUCCCUGAAGCAGACCGUAAUAAGCCAUCGCCGGGUUGGAGUCCUCAACUCUACGCCAAUGCUCAAGCAGAGUAUCUUGAUAGAUAUGGAGGGCCUAGUGGUGCUGAGAGGCGUGACUUUGCGCGCAUUACGGCUAUUAAUCGAGAGCAUGGCACUCGAAACCCUUACUCUCAGCUGUCGAAGGCCGUUUCAGCCGAAGAUGUUUUGUCCAGUCCAGUGAUUUCUGGAGACAUUACACGUCUUCAGUGCUGCCCCUCAUCGACUGGCGCGGCAGCAGCGGUUAUUGUGUCUGAAUCCUUCCUGGCUGCUCAUCCCUAUCUUCGAAGCACAGCCAUCCAGAUCGCGGGCCAGUCCCUAGCCACGGAUUCCUCAAAGUUUUUCGAGUCAAAAAGCGCAAUUGAGCUUAUCGGUUCUGAUAUGACGCGGAUUGCAUCAAAGCGUGCUUACGAACAAGCAGGCAUCACACCCAAGGAUGUUUCCGUGAUCGAGCUGCAUGAUUGCUUCACCACCAACGAAAUGUGUGCUCUAGAAGGGCUAGGUUUAGCCGAAGAGGGUAAAGCAUGGAAGCUUGUUCGAGACGGUCUCAUCACAUAUAAUCCAAAAGGAAAAGAGAAAGGUUGGAUUGUGAAUCCAAGUGGAGGGCUCAUCUCCAAGGGACAUCCCCUAGGCGCCACAGGAUUGGCACAAUGUGCAGAACUGGUCUGGCAUCUCCGUGGAUGGGCAAAGCGGCGGUCAGUUGCAUCGACACGGUAUUGCCUCCAGCAUAACAUGGGCAUGGGCGGUGCGACGGUGGUGACGAUAUACAAGAGGAUAGAUGGUGAGGCAGCUCCGAAGAUUGAGGAUACAAAGCCGGAAGAAGAUGGACGAAGUCGCUUGGGCUACAAUCCUGCAGAAGAAGCGCGAUCUAUCAGCCGUGAAGACUGGGCGAGUGUGAUUGCACAAGGAGAAGCAAGUUCGGCGUGGGCGGCGGCUGAAUUGCCGUGGAAUUUGAAUCCGGGGGCUUAUAGUACUAGAGCCAAGCUGUAG